GCCAGCCCAGCAGAUACUGAACAGGGGGAUUGUCUCCACGCCUUCUUCAUCCCAUCAAUGCGCUGUGUCCUCAUUCACUCCGGCCCGACACAAACAGCUAACUGACAAGGAAUUGCCAUGUCAACAGACUUUCUGUGCACACGCCUCGUCCUAUUUCUUCUGUUGCCUCAUUUCCUGACUGUAUCACUCGCCACCCAAGAUGACCUUGUAAUCGACACUAGGCAUGGGAAAGUUCAAGGGAAGCUGCUUCCAGUGCUGGGUGGUGAUGUUAGAGCAUUUUUAGGAAUUCCGUAUGGAAAACCACCUCUGGGGAAACUGAGAUUCAGAGCUCCAGAGCCAGUAGAGAGAUGGGAAGGGGUGAAGGAUGCCACCAAAUUCCCAAAUUCCUGCUACCAGUUGCGGGAUACAGCCUUUCCAGGGUUCGAAGGUGCAGAGAUGUGGAACCCAAACACUCCUCUGAGUGAGGACUGUCUGUACCUGAACAUCUGGUCCCCACGUGCCAACAAAACCCAGCCUAAGCCGCCACCGCUGGCCCCUGUCCUCGUCUGGAUCUAUGGAGGCGGGUUCAUUCAAGGAACGUCCUCUCUGGACAUUUACGAUGGCCGCUUCUUGACUAAAUCUGAAGGCGUUGUUGUUGUGUCAAUGAAUUACAGGCUUGGAGCUUUUGGUUUCCUGUCUCUUCCUGACAACAAGAACAUCCAGAGCCAUUCGGGCCUGCUGGACCAGCGCUUGGCCUUCCAGUGGGUAGCAAACAACAUAGCUGCUUUUGGAGGAGAUCCUACAAAGGUGACUCUGUUUGGGGAGAGCGCUGGAUCAGCAUCUGUGGGCUUCCACCUGCUCUCCCCAGGCAGCCAUGCUCUUUUUCACAGGGCUGUGAUGCAGAGUGCGACACCUAAUGCGCCUUGGGCCACAAUCAGCAAGAAUGAGGCCUGGCGCAGGUCUAUGAAACUGGCAACAUUACUGGGGUGCCCAACGUCUCCUCCAGCUGAUAUGGAAGCUUGCCUUCAGAAGGCUGAUCCUAUGAAAAUCUCAUUGAAGCAAUACGAUGUUUUAACAUCGCCUGCAGCCAUAUCUUUACCGUUUGUGCCUCAUGUUGAUGGAGACUUUCUACCUGAGGAAGUUGACGUGUUACUCAGUACAGGAAACAUCCCAAAGAAAGAGGUGAUGUUUGGCCUAAACCAAGAUGAAGGGACCUACUUCUUAGUUUAUGGAUUACCUGGAUUCAGCAUCACCGAUCAGAGUCUCAUCACUCGGAAAAACUUCCUGGACGGAGUUGCAAUGACAGUGCCACAUGCAAGUAAUGUCGCAAGAGAUGCGGCCAUUUUCCGGUACACUGAUUGGGCAGAUGAGGACAACAGGAUGAAAAAUCGUGACUCUAUGGGAAGGCUGCUUGGAGACUAUAAUUUUGUUUGUCCUGUGCUUGACUUCGCUCACAGGUACUCACAGCGUGGUGGUAAGACUUUACUUUACUUAUUUGACCACCGGUCAUCCGUCAAUCCUUGGCCACAAUGGAUGGGUGUUAUGCACGGCUAUGAGAUCGAGUUUGUCUUUGGAAUGCCUCUAAAUGCCUCCCUGGGAUACACAAAGAAUGAAGUGAACAUGACCAAGAAGUUUAUGAAACACUGGGCCAACUUUGCCCGGACAGGGAAUCCAGACAUUGAUGGAGCUAACUGGCCCGUGUUCACCACUGGACAACAAGAGUAUGUCACUCUGAACUACAACCAUCCAGAACACAAGAGGAUGAUGAGCGCUGAUGAGUGCCACCUGUGGAGCACAUUUAUGCCGAAAGUCCAGAAAGUCUCAGAUGAUCUGAAGACUUGUAUUCAAGGAAAUGGGAUUAGUCUCUGUUGUAAUUACACCUUCCUCCUCAUUCUAUUGGUAAUAACUUUAACCUACUGAUAGAGUGAUGUGACAUCCAUUCAAUACAGCCAUAUACAGCAGUUAAUGUAAAAUAAAGUGGUUUGGCCUUGACUAUUAUUUCAAACAUUUUGUGAUUAGUAGGUAUUUGUGUUUGUAAAGAAAGUGAUUUUUAUGUUAUGGAGUGUGCCCAUCAUUCACAGUGAUUGCUUCAUUAACAUUAUUGUAGGGAUGGGUCAUUUCUUGCAUGCAAACAGAACAGAAUGAAUGACUUUACAGAGACUAGGCACAUUAUUGUCAUGGCACGGUGCCGGUUAUUCUUGGACUUGCAGGUUGCUGAACAUAGUACAUACAUGGUCAACUUGUCAACAAAGAUGUCAUCACAUAUGUCUUGUCUGUGUGUAGUCAGCAUUUCAAAUGGUCAGAAAUACAAUACACAUGAUAACAAGUAUGAAGUUUGCUGAGUGUACAAAUUCAUGCUGAGCAAAAGUAGCAACAUGCUCCCAAGCUCUGGAGUAGCUAUAUUUUUAGGAGGCUAAAAUCCAAACAGUCAUGAUGGAGCAGUCAGAUAGGUGCUGGUACUUUACAAUGAACAAUAACCAAAUAGUGGCUUAAGUUAUAACAUGGACACUUAAUUUGAUACCUAGUCAAUGUUUAGCUACCUUUUAUUAUUUUAUGUGAUGGCUUUUCUUUCAAAUGUGUGCAUAUAAUGUUGCUUACAGCAAAUUCAAACUGAGAUCAGUUUGUUAAAAUAAUGCAAUUAACUCCAAACAAUAAGAUUUUGAAGCUUGACUUACACAAAUUAAUUUCAAACCUGCAGAAAAUGCAUUAUUUCCUUGUUAUCAAGUAAAAUAUGUCCCCCACUUGCAGGGAUGCUCUGGCUUUGUAUUGAUGUGUUGUCUAUUCCAUUGAUCAAUAAAGACCAUUUAAUGAUUAUUACAUAUUUGGAAAUACAAUUGAUCACCUGUGGGUCAUUCUUAAAAUCAAUAAAUGUUUUUUUAUGUA